AUGGCAGCAGCUGUAGCUGGCGGCAAAGGAUGGUGGCAGCGGCAGUCAGUGACGAGGGCAGCUGGCAAACACAAGCGGGUCUUAGCCCAGUAUGGGAAAGCAUGCCCACUGCAGGGGAGAGAUGAUGAAGUUGUACUUCAGUCUACUGCCACCAUCCAAAAGGAACAACGUAAAUUUUGCCUUUCAGCUGAAGGAUUUGGUAGUCGUUUGUGCUUUCUUGAGCCCACUUCAGAAGCUAAGUAUGUCCCUCCUGAUCUCUCCAUCUGUGUUUUUGUGCUGGAGCAGUCACUGUCAGUCAGAGCUUUGCAGGAGAUGUUGACCAGUACAACCGAAAAGAGCAAUGAGGGCGCAGCUCAGGGAGGUGGCCACAGAACUCUUCUUUAUGGUCAUGCCAUUCUUCUCCGGCAUUCGUACAGUGGAAUGUAUUUGACUUGCUUGACUACAUCAACAUCUUCAACGGACAAGCUUGCUUUUGACGUUGGGCUGCAAGAAGAUUCAACAGGUGAGGCACGUUGGUGGACUAUACACCCUGCUUCCAAACAAAGAUCUGAAGGAGAGAAGGUACGAAUUGGUGAUGACCUUAUCCUGGUCAGUGUUUCAUCAGAGCGCUAUCUGCACCUUUCUAUUUCCAAUGGCAGUAUACAAGCAGAUGCAUCCUUCGUCCAGACACUAUGGAAUGUACACCCCGUAAGCUCAGGAAGUGGUGUUGCAGAAGGUUUUCUAAUUGGUGGACAUGUUCUGCGUCUUUUUCAUGGUCAUGAUGAGUGUCUGACCAUCCCUUUUACAGACCAGAAAGAUGAGGGGGAAUAUGUAACAGUUAACUAUGAAAGUGGAGAAACGGGGACCUAUGCUAGGUCACUAUGGCGUGUGGAACCUCUUCGGAUAAGUUGGAGUGGCAGUCAUAUUAAGUGGGGCCAGUCUUUCCGCCUACGACACCUCACAUCAGGUCUGUAUCUGGCGUUAGUUGAAGAUCAAGGUCUGGUGCUGCUGGAUCAAACUAAAUCAGACAUCAAAGCAACAUCAUUCUGUUUAAGAACAUCUAAGGAAAAAUUAGAUUCUCACCCGAAGCGAGACACGGAAGGAAUGGGCGUCCCUGAAAUUAAGUAUGGUGAUUCGAUUUGUAUUCUUCAACACGUUGCUAGUGGCCUUUGGCUGACUUAUAGGGCUCCAGAAGCCAAAUCAGCCCGUUUAGGACCUUUGAAACGGAAGGCCAUAUUACAUCAAGAAGGACACAUGGAUGAUGGUAUCAUUUUGCAACGUUGUCAAAGAGAGGAAUCUCGGGCAGCUCGUAUUAUACGCCAAACAACCAACUUAUUUAAUCAGUUUAUCAGGGGUCUUGAUUGUCUUGGUAAAAGUACAGCAGUCAAGUUGCCUCUUCAAGAAGUUAUGGAAGCUUUGGUGGACCUGAUCACUUACUUCCAUCCUCCAGAGAAAGAUUUGAGACAUGAAGAUAAGCAAUACAAGCUACGCUCUCUUAGGAAUAGGCAGAACUUAUUUAAAGAAGAGGCAAUGCUGAGAUUGGUCCUGAAUUGCAUUGACCGGCUAAAUAUCUACCACAGUGCGGCACACUUUGCAGAAUUCGCUGGUGAAGAAGCUGGAGCAGCAUGGAAAGAUAUCUUGAAUUUGCUUUAUGAGCUGCUGGCUGCAUUAAUACGUGGAAACCGUAGCAAUUGUGCCAAGUUUUCGAAAAACUUGGACUGGUUGGUCAGUAAAUUAGACAGACUGGAAUCUUCUUCAGGUAUCCUGGAGGUAUUACGUUGUAUCUUGAUUGAAAGUCCUGAGGCGCUCAAUGUGAUCAAAGAAGGGCAUACCAAAUCUAUCAUUUCAUUACUGGAUAAACAUGGACGCAACCACAAGGUGUUGAACCUGCUGUCGUCCCUUUGUGUAUGCAAUGGUGUUGCUAUACGAGCUAAUCAAAACCUGAUCUGUGACAAUCUACUACCUCGUCGUGAUUUACUUCUGCAAACCCGUUUAGUUAACAAUGUAACAAGCAUAAGACCGAACAUUUUCUUGGGAACCAGUGAAGGAUCAGCUCAGUACAAGAAAUGGUAUUAUGAGCUGGUCGUUGAUCAGGUCAAUCACUUUUUGACUGCUGAUCCUAUUCACUUGCGUGUUGGAUGGGCAUCUGCAAAGGGCUAUGCUCCCUAUCCAGGAGGUGGGGAAGGAUGGGGAGGCAAUGGAGUGGGAGAUGAUCUGUAUUCCUAUGGAUUUGAUGGACUUCAUUUGUGGUCAGGUCGAGUGGCCAGACCUGUAACGUCAGCUAAUCAGCAUAUACUGAAUUCUGAUGAUGUAGUUAGUUGUUGCCUGGAUUUGGGUGUUCCUAGUAUAUCUUUCCGCAUUAAUGGACAACCAGUGCAAGGGAUGUUUGAGAGCUUCAACACUGAUGGCCUGUUCUUCCCAGUGGUCAGUUUUUCUGCAGGUGCCAAAGUACGAUUUUUGAUUGGUGGUCACCAUGGAGAUUUUAGGUUCUUGCCUCCCCCAGGAUAUGCACCUUGCUAUGAAGCAUUACUGCCAAAGGAGAAGUUGAGAUUGGAGCCAAUCAAAGAAUACAAGAGAGAUUACAAUGGUGUUCGAGAUCUCCUCGGGACAACAAACUAUCUUUCCCAGGCCUCCUUCAUCCCCAAGCCUGUAGAUACCAGCCAGAUUGUUUUACCUUCACAUCUUGAGAAAGUACAGAGUAAACUGGCUGAAAACAUUCAUGAACUUUGGGCAAUGAACAAAAUCGAGCUUGGCUGGACAUAUGGGAAGGUACGAGAUGACAACAAGAGACAGCACCCUUGUCUGGUGAAUUUUGAUAAACUACCAGAACAAGAGAGAAAUUACAAUUUACAAAUGUCCCUUGAAACUUUAAAGACCUUACUGGCUUUUGGCUGUCAUGUGGUUCACAUUAAGCCAAAAGCUGAAGAAGAUUUACAAAGAUUGAAACUUCCCAAAAAUUACAUGAUGUCAAACGGCUAUAAGCCCGCUCCGCUGGACCUUUCGGAUAUCAAGCUACUCACUGCUCAAGAUGUUCUGGUUGACAAGUUGGCAGAAAAUGCACACAACGUCUGGGCAAAAGACAGAAUCAAACAAGGAUGGACCUAUGGCAUCCAACAGGAUAUCAAGAAUAAAAGGAACCCUCGAUUGGUGCCAUAUAGCCUCCUUGAUGAACGAACCAAAAAGUCAAACAGAGACAGUUUACGUGAAGCAAUUCGCACUUUAGUUGGCUAUGGUUACAAUAUUGAACCAUCUGACCAGGAAAUCGCUGGUGAAACUGUGGAAAAAGUUAGCAUCGACAAGAUUCGUUUCUUCCGAGUGGAGGAGACCUAUGCAGUCAAGACUGGAAAGUGGUACUUUGAGUUUGAGGCAGUGACAGCAGGAGAAAUGCGUGUUGGCUGGGCAAGGCCAUCAUGUAGACCUGACCUAGAACUCGGAGCUGACAGUAAUGCCUUUGUAUUUAAUGGUUAUAAGGCUCAGUGUUGGCACCAAGGUGCAGCUUACUUUGGCCGCACCUGGCAGCCUGGUGAUGUAGUUGGCUGCAUGAUUGAUCUGCAUGAUAAAUCAAUGAUAUUUACUCUGAAUGGAGAACUGCUCAUUACUAAUAGUGGCUCAGAACUCGUAUUUACAGAUUUCCAUAUUGAAGAUGGUUUCAUCCCAAUCUGUUGUCUGGGCCUGUCUCAGAUAGGUCGCAUGAAUUUUGGAAAGGAUGCCACCACUUUCAAGUACUAUACAAUGUGUGGUUUACAAGAAGGUUAUGAACCUUUUGCAGUAAACAUGAAUCGUGAUGUAGCCAUGUGGUUCAGUAAGCGAUUACCUCAGUUUGUCCCUGUGCCAAGAGAUCACAACCACAUUGAGGUAACAAGGAUUGAUGGGACUGUUGACAGUCCACCCUGUUUAAAAGUCACUCACAAAACCUUUGGCACUCAAAACUGCAUUACUGAGAUGACAUACUACCGUUUGAGCAUGCCUGUUGAGUUCCACGCAGCAUAUAAACACGAAGGCAUUCCACAAAUAGCUUAUGAUGAUGGACUUCAAAAUGCGGAAACAGUAUCAGGAAAGCCUAAACUAAGGGGUGCAAAGCUCAGUUGUGAUUUUCAUGGAGGUAGAGAUGGCCGAGAGAUUGUUAGAAAAUCAACAAUGUAUUGUUAUGCAGUGAGAAUAUUUGCAGGACAAGAUCCAUCUCUUGUGUGGAUUGGUUGGGUAACUCCUGAUUACCAUUACUACGGAAAAUCAUUCGAUGUGAAUAAAAAUCGGACAGUCACUGUUACCCUGGGCGAUGAAAAAGGCAGAGUCCAUGAAAGUGUCAAGCGAUGUAAUUGUUUCAUGAUUUGGGGAGGAGAUAUUGUCGACAGUUCAAAGGGAACAAACAGCAGUGGUACUGACCUUGAAAUUGGAUGUUUCAUUGAUCUAGCAACAGGCCAGUUAACAUUCACAGCAAAUGGAAAGGACCUUAGUACUCACUACCAGAUUGAACCAAGUACAAAGUUAUUCCCAGCUGUUUUCAUGCAGGCGACAAGUUCAAAUAUGUUUCAAUUUGAACUCGGAAAAUCAAAGAACGCCAUGCCUUUGUCUGCUGCUAUAUUUAAAAGUGAAGAAAAAAAUCCUAUUCCACAAUGUCCUCCUCGACUUGAUGUUCAGAUGAUUACUCCUGUUCAGUGGAGUAGAAUGCCUAAUGACUUCCUCAAGGUCGAAACAGCGCGAAUUAGUGAUCACCAUGGCUGGGUAGUGCAGAGCCUUGAACCAUUGCAGAUGAUGGCAUUGCAUAUUCCAGAAGAGAAUAGGUGUAUAGAUAUUCUAGAACUAGCUGAAAAUCAAGAGCUCAUGAAGUUCCAUUACCACACUGUCAAACUGUACUGUGCCCUCUGUGCUGUGGGUAAUAAUCGUGUUGCUCAUGCACUUUGCAGUCACAUUGAUCAAUCUCAACUUCUGUUUACAAUUGAGAACAAAUAUCUGCCAGGACUUCUACGUGGUGGAUUCUAUGACCUCCUCUUGAGUAUGCACCUAGAAUCAGCAAAAGAAGCCAGAUUAAUUAUGAACAAUGAAUUCAUAAUUCCAGUAACUGAUGAAACAAGGAGCAUAACAUUGUUUCCAGAUAAAAGUCGGACCUAUGGAUAUCCUGGAGUUGGGCUCAGUACCUGCUUAAGACCCCGAUUAAAUUUCUCAAUGCCAUGUUUCGUCACCACCAGUGAGAAUAAGCAACAAUAUAGUCCAAAGCUACCAUUUGAAAUUCUGAAGGUGAAAGCAAUUGAAAUGCUCACUGAAGCUGUCACAGGUGGUGGGCCACACAUUAGAGAUCCAGUUGGGGGCAGUGUUAAGUUUCAACUUGUUCCCAUCCUCAAGUUGGUUAAAACCAUGCUGAUCACUGGCAUGUUUGAUGAUAAUGAUGUCCAAAAGAUCCUGGUUCUGAUCGACUCUGACUUGUUUGGUGAACACCAAGAAAAGACAGUGGAAGAGAAUAAAACAGAAAAGGAAAUGGCCACCAGAAAUGAAGAAAAGUCUGUAGAGGCAGGUGAAGAAACGACACCAGCAGCUCAGUCGUGUUUAAAAGGAUUACUGGAAAAGAGCUUACCAGAAUCUGUGAAACUUCAGAUGUGUGAAUUACUGCACUACUUCUGUGAUUGUGAACUUCGACAUCGAGUUGAGGCCAUUGUUUCUUUCGCAGACAAGUUUGUUGCAAGGCUACAGAGGAACCAGAAGUUUCGGUACGAUGAACUAAUGCUAGCCUUCAACAUGUCUGCAGCCUUAACUGCCAAGAAGUCUAAAGAGUUCCGUUCACCUCCUCAGGAACAGAUUAACAUGUUGCUGAACUUUAGGAAUGAUGAUGCUUCCACUUGCCCAGAUGAUAUGCGUGAAGAAUUAUGUGACUUCCAUGAUGACCUUCAAACACAUUGCGGCAUUCCAUACGAAGAAGUGGAGGAAGAAGACAAAGAUGAAUCUCUGAUGGGCAAGUUACUUUACCUAGUGCAUAAAAUCAAAGGAAAGCCAAAGAAAGUCGAAGAAACUCCAAGUGAGGAGGAAGAAAAAGCGCCCACCAAUUUGACGCAACUUAUCUCUCAGACUAUGGUGCAUUGGUCUCAAGAAUCAUACCUUCAAGAUCCAGAGCUGAUUAAAACCAUGUUUAGCCUUUUGCGGCGACAAUAUGAUGCAAUUGGUGAGCUGCUGCAAGCUAUGCGGAAAGCGUAUACCAUCAGUGCAGCCUCUGUCCAGGAAACAGUCAGUCUGCUGGUUUCUCUUGGGCGCAUUCGAUCCCUCCUCAGCGUGAGAAUGGGGAAGGAGGAAGAAAUGCUUAUGAUUCGUGGAUUAGGGGAUAUCAUGAACAACAAAGUAUUCUAUCAACACCCAAAUUUAAUGAGAGUGCUAGGCAUGCAUGAAACAGUCAUGGACGUCAUGGUGAAUGUGCUUGGAGGAAAUAAAUCACAGGAGAUUGCUUUCCCUGAAAUGGUGGCUAGCUGCUGUCGAUUCCUCUGCUACUUCUGUCGUAUUAGCCGCCUGAACCAGAAGGCCAUGUUUGACCAUCUCAGUUACUUGCUGGAAAAUAGCAGCUUUGGACUGGCAUCACCCAGCAUGCGAGGUUCUACUCCUUUGGAUGUGGCAGCUGCCUCCGUCAUGGAUAACAAUGAGCUUGCUCUGGACUUGCAAGAACCUGAUUUGGAUAAGGUUGUGACUUACCUGGCUGGCUGUGGCUUACAAAGUUGUCCCAUGCUGGUGGCUAAGGGUUAUCCUGAUGUUGGUUGGAAUCCUAUUGAAGGGGAACGUUAUCUGCUUUUCUUACGAUUUGCAGUGUUUGUCAAUGGUGAAAGUGUUGAAGAAAAUGCAAGUGUUGUGGUGAAGUUGUUGAUUCGUCGUCCAGAGUGCUUUGGUCCUGCUCUGAGGGGUGAAGGAGGACAUGGCUUGUUAGCCGCAAUGAAAGAUGCGAUUGAAAUCUCAGAAGAUCCAUGCCGUGACCUCCCUCCAGCUGAAGUUAAGGAGGAUGGUAGUCAAGAGGAGGAUGAAGAAGUUGUGCACAUGGGUUAUUCUAUCAUGACCUUCUAUUCUGCUCUGAUUGAUCUUCUUGGCCGAUGUGCUCCAGAAAUGCAUCUAAUCCAAGCAGGUAAAGGUGAAGCUAUUCGAAUCCGAGCAAUACUCCGUUCCCUGGUGCCAACUAAGGAUCUGGUGGGCAUUAUUAGUAUUCCACUGAAAUUGCCAGUUGUUAACCAAGAUGGAACUAUUUCUGAGCCAUCUAUGUCUGGAAGUUUCUGUCCUGACCACAAGGCACCCAUGGUAUUGUUUCUGGAUCGUGUUUAUGGUAUUGAGGACCAAAGUUUCCUGCUUCAUUUGCUGGAAGUUGGAUUUUUACCUGAUUUAAGAGCAUCUGCCUCCCUUGAAUCAGCUGCUUUGAGCACAUCAGAGACAGCUCUUGCCCUUAAUAGAUAUAUCUGUUCAGCAGUCCUUCCUCUUCUCACCAGAUGUGCACCUCUAUUUGCUGGAACUGAGCACUUUGCCUCUGUGAUAGACUCCACCCUGCACACAAUUUACAGACUAUCAAAAGGACCUGGUCUUACCAAAGCCCAGAGGGAGUCAAUUGAAGAAUGUUUGCUGUCUAUCUGCCGGCACCUUCAACCUUCAAUGUUGCAACCACUCCUGCGUCGCUUUGUGUUUGAUGUUCCCAUUCUUAGUGAAUACAGUAAAAUGCCUUUAAAGCUUCUAGCCAGUCACUAUGAGCAAUGUUGGAAAUACUAUUGCUUGGCAUCAGGAUGGGGCAGUUAUGGAUGUGCAUCUGAAGAAGAAUUACAUCUCACUAAAAAGUUGUUCUGGGGAAUUUUUGAUUCACUCUCUACAAAGAAGUACAACCCUGAACUCUUUAAAAUUGCCUUGCCAUGCCUGAGUGCUAUUGGAGGGGCUCUGUCACCCGAUUAUGUGGAUUCCAGCUUUUCUGAUGUGUUGGAAAGGCAGAAUUCAGUGGAUGAAGAAGGCAACUUUGACCCAAAACCAAUCAACACUUCUAAUAUAUCAAUUCCAGAGAAGUUGGAGUAUAUUGUCAACAAAUAUGCAGAACAUCUACAUGAGAAGUGGGCUUUUGAAAAGAUACAAAAUGGGUGGACGUAUAGUGAUUCAAUCAAUGAAAAUAUGAAGACCCAUCCAUUACUGAGACCAUACAAAACUUUAACAGAAAGGGAAAAAGAAUUUUAUCGCUGGCCAGCCAAGGAAUCUUUUCGAGUUAUGCUGGCUUUGAAUUGGAACAUUGAAAGAACAAAAGAAAGUGAAGCCAUGAUCCAGCACCUGGAAAGUGAGAAAUUGCGCAAAGUUUCUCAGAAUUCAGGAGGAUACACCCCUGUUCCCGUUGACUUGUCUAAUACUUUGCUGUCCAGAGACAAUCAGGUAAUGACUGAGCUUAUGGCAGAAAAUUAUUAUAAUAUUUGGGCCAAGAAGAGAAAAGCAGAAUUAGAAAGUAAAGGUGGUGGCAGUCAAACUUCACUUAUGCCUUAUGAUACUUUGACUGCCAAGGAGAAAGCUCGAGAUCGUGACAAGGCUCAUGAACUCUUCAAGUUCCUCCAAGUGAAUGGCUAUGCAGUAUCCAGAGGCCUAAAGGAUAUGGAGUUGGAUUCCUCCUCUUUUGAGAAGCGAUUUGCUUAUAAAUUCUUAGUAAAGGUGCUACAAUGUGUCGACUCAGCUCAGGAGUUUAUUGCACAUUUAGAGGCUAUUGUCAGCAGUGGUAAAGCAGAUAAAUCUCCUCAUGAGCAGGAGAUAAAAUUUUUUGCCAAGAUUCUGCUCCCUUCUAUUGAUGAAUAUUUUAAGAACCACUGUAUGUACUUCUUAUCUUCUCCAACCAAGAGUCUGAGUGGCAGUGGAUAUGCAUCCAACAAGGAAAAGGAAAUGAUAGUAAGUAUUUUCUGCAAACUUGCUGCUCUCGUCAGACAUAGAAUCUCUCUCUUCGGCAGUGACUCUGGUACAAUGGUAAACUGUUUACACAUCUUGGCACGGACACUGGACCCAAGAACUGUUAUGAAGUCUGGAUCAGAGCUGGUGAAAGCUGGCCUCCGAUCCUUCUUUGAAAAUGCAGCAGAAGAUCUGGAAAAAACACUAGAAAAUCUGAAACUCGGAAAGUUCACACAUUCACGAUCUCAACUCAAGGGAGUUACCCAGAACAUCAAUUACACAACCGUCGCUCUGUUACCUGUGCUGACUUCAAUCUUUGACCACAUUAGUCAACAUCAAUUUGGAGUCGAUAUUAUCUUGGAUGAUGUUCAAGUGUCAUGUUAUCGAAUCCUGUGCAGCUUGUACACCUUGGGAACUGGGAAGAAUGUCUAUGUUGAAAGACAGCGGCCAGUUCUUGGAGAGUGUCUCGCUACACUUGCAGCAGCCAUGCCUGUAGCUUUUCUGGAACCUUCCAUCAACAUACACAAUACACAGUCGGUUUUCAAUACAAAAACACCUCGAGAACGAAUCAUUCUAGGCUUACCAGAUACAGUGGAGGAAGUGUGCCCAGAGAUGCCUCAACUAGAUGCACUAAUAAAGGAUAUCACUGAUAUGGCAGAAUCUGGAGCCAGAUAUACCGAAAUACCUCAUAUUAUUGAAGUUAUUUUGCCCAUGUCAUGUAAUUAUCUGUCGUACUGGUGGGAAAGAGGCCCAGAGAACCAACCCACUGGCAAUUGCUGUACUGUAGUCACUUCUGAACAUCUUAGUGUGACCUUGGGCAACAUCCUGAAAAUUUUGAACAAUAAUCUGGGCAUUGAUGAUGCUUCCUGGAUGAAGAGACUUGCAGUGUAUGCUCAGCCAAUCAUAAGCAAAGCUAAACCUGAAUUGUUGAAAAACCAAUUCAUACCAACCCUGGAGAAACUAAAGAAGAAAGUAAUAAAGGUUGUCUUGGAGGAAGAACAGAUGAAAGCAGAAGUCAAGUCAGAUACCCGAGAAACUGAGUUACUAAUUCUGGAUGAGUUUGCUGUUCUCUGUCGCGAUCUCUAUUCUUUCUAUCCAAUUUUGAUUCGCUACGUGGAUUACAACAGGCCAAGGUGGAUGAAGGAACCAGAUGCAGAUGCUGAUGAACUCUUCCAUAUGGUGGCUGAGAUAUUCAUCUAUUGGUGCAAAUCACAUAAUUUCAAGCGAGAGGAACAAAACUUUGUGAUUCAAAAUGAAAUUAACAACAUGGCUUUCCUGAUUGCAGAUAAUAAGAGCAAGAUGUCUAAGCAGUAUAAACAAGUUGGCCAAAAGGCUGAAGGGCAAUGCCAGGAAAGGAAAAAAAUAAAACGCAGAGGUGACUACUACUCAAUACGAACGUCCCUGAUUGUGGCUGCUUUUAAAAAACUGCUUCCGAUCGGUUUAAAUAUGUGCACUGCAGGAGACCAAGAAUUAAUCUCAUUGGCCAAACAGAGAUACAGUCUGAAAGACACAGAUGAAGAAGUUAAAGAAUUCCUUACAAAUAACAUGCAUUUGCAGGAUAAGUCUGAUGACCCAGCAGUUAAGUGGCAACUUAACCUAUAUAAAGAUAUUGCCAAGCCAGAAGAGAGGAUGGAUCCUCAGAAGAUUGUCGAGCGUCUGCAAAAGAUUUCAGCUGCUAUAUUCCAUUUGGAACAGGUGGAGCAACCAUUACGGUCAAAGAAAACGGGGUGGCACAAGCUGUUGUCCAAGCAACGUAAAAGAGCAGUUGUUGCCUGCUUCAGGAUGGCACCUCUGUAUAAUCUGCCAAGACACAAAAUUAACAUUUACUUCCUGAACUCCUAUCAACAUCUGUGGCUGGAAAAGCUAUAUAAGAACACUGACUUUGAGAGUCUUAUCGUCUAUUUGACGAAAUCUCCUAAAAUAUCAGAAGAAGAGGAAGAAGUAUCUGACAAGAAACCAGAUCCACUUCAUCAGCUUAUACUUCACUUCAGCCGUAGUGCCCUCACUGAAAGAAGUGCUAUUGAAGAUGACCCUUUGUACCUCGCGUAUGCAGACAUGAUGGCAAAGAGCUGCCAAGUUGCUGAGGAAGAGGAGGAAGAUGAAGAAAAAGAAAAAUCCUUUGAAGAAAAGGAAAUGGAGAAACAGAUGACGCUUUAUCAACAGGCAAGACUUCACCAGCGAGCAGCAGCUGAAAUGGUUUUGCAAGUGAUUAGUGCCAGUAAAGGUGUAUUAGGCAAGAUGGUGACAACAACUUUAAAGCUUGGUAUUGCUAUUCUGAAUGGUGGUAAUGCAGAUGUCCAGCGGAUAAUGUUGGACUAUUUGAAGGAGAAGAAGGAAAGUGGUUUUUUCAGAAGUCUGUCUGGAUUAAUGCGCUUUUGCAGCGUUCUUGACUUGAAUGCUUUUGAGAGGAAAAACAAAGCAGAAGGUUUGGGAAUGGUGACUGAAGAUGGAACACUUAUUGUUCGUGAAUAUGGUGACAAAGUAUUGCAGAAUGAUGAAUUUACUCGGGAUUUGUUUCGGUUUUUGCAACUGUUAUGUGAGGGACAUAACGAUGAUUUCCAGAAUUAUUUGAGAACUCAAAUAGGAAACACGACAACAGUGAAUAUUAUUAUCAGCACUGUUGACUACCUGCUACGCCUUCAGGAGUCAAUCAGUGAUUUCUAUUGGUAUUACUCAGGAAAAGAUGUCAUGGACGGACAAGGCCAGCGCAAUUUCUCAAAAGCAUUAGCUGUGGCGAAACAAAUCUUCAACUCACUUACUGAGUAUAUUCAGGGCCCUUGCAUUGGUAACCAGCAGAGUCUAGCCCACAGCAGGCUCUGGGAUGCAGUGGUUGGUUUCCUUCAUGUCUUUGCUAAUAUGCAAAUGAAGCUUUCUCAGGAUUCCAGCCAGAUUGAAUUGCUGAAACAAUUGUUGGAUCUCCAGAAGGAUAUGGUGGUGAUGCUGUUGUCACUGCUGGAAGGUAAUGUCGUAAAUGGAACAAUAGGCAAACAAAUGGUGGAUACGCUGGUUGAGUCUUCCAGCAAUGUGGAAAUGAUUCUGAAAUUCUUUGAUAUGUUUCUGAAAUUAAAAGAGAUAACCAAUUCUGAUACUUUCAAAGUCUAUGACCUAGAUAGUAAAGGAAUAAUGUCCAAAAAGGAAUUUCAGAAAGCUUUAGAGAGUCAGAAGAAAUACACACAACCUGAAAUAGAAUUUCUACUGUCUUGUGUUGAAGCUGAUGAAAAUGAUAUGUUUAACUACAUAGAUUUUAUUGAUCGAUUCCAUGAACCAGCCAAGGACAUUGGUUUUAACGUAGCUGUGUUACUGACCAACUUAUCUGAACAUAUGCCUAAUGACAGCCGCCUGGCGACCCUAUUACAACCAGCACAAAGUGUGCUCACAUACUUUGAACCCUAUUUAGGGCGCAUUGAGAUUAUGGGUGCUGCAAAGCGCAUAGAAAGGAUCUACUUUGAAAUCAGUGAAUCGAGUAGAACGCAAUGGGAGAAACCUCAAGUCAAAGAAUCCAAAAGGCAGUUUAUCUUCGAUGUUGUGAAUGAAGGAGGGGAAUCAGAAAAAAUGGAACUCUUUGUGAAUUUUUGUGAGGACACCAUAUUUGAAAUGCAACUAGCAUCUGAAAUCUCUGAGCCUGAUUCAGCCGAGCGAGCCGACGAUGAAGAAGAUGAACCUAAGCCGACUGAAGAGGAGAGCGAUGAAGAGGUUCUUGAAUCCUCGAGUGCUUUUGCAGCAGCGUAUCAUGAUUUCAAAACCAGAUUGUUUAAGUUUUUCAGCAUUUUUACAUUUAAAAAUAUCAGAAGGCAGUACAAAAAAAUUAAGAGGAUGACAACCAUGGAGUUACUAAUGGCAUUUUUCUCCUUUUUCUGGAUGUUGUUGACUAGCCUUGUGUUCUUUGUUUUCAAUGUGGUCCAAGGACUUUUCCAGAUUGUAUGGAGUGCUAUGUUUGGUGGUGGCUUAGUUGAAGGUGCCAAAAACAUCACUGUCACAGAUCUUUUAGCAAGUAUGCCUGAUCCAACACAACUUGGAAUUCAUGGAGAUGUGGCAGAGUCAGAAAGAGCUGAAAUUCCUGAGGCAAGUGUUAUCACAGAGCUUGAGACUGUAGUACAAGGUGAGAAAAAUGAAGCAGACAUGAUGCCAGAUAUAUUUGGUACAGGUACAAAAAAAGGAGGCAAAACAGCAAGCGAUAUGUACGGAGGUCUUGGUGAUGUCUCAGAAAUUAUGGGAGCAGACAGCUCUCCUAGUAUUGAGAAAGCAUUGCGGCAACAGAAGAAAGCACAGAUUGAACAAAAGAGUAAAGCUGAGAAUAAAGCAGAGGCUGAGAAGGCUGACACAGAGGAUGGUGAGAAGAAGGACAAAGCUAAAGAGGAGCAGCCAGUUGAAAGUGAGGGAAAAGAACAAAAGGAAAGGAAGCAACGCCGUGGACAGAAAAAGAAGCAGCCUGAGGCAUUCUUGGCAAAUUUCUGGGAGGGACUGGAAAUUUAUCAAACCAAGAUUCUGAAUUAUUUAGCCAGGAAUUUCUACAACCUGAGAUUGUUGGCUCUGUUUGUGGCAUUUGCUAUCAAUUUCAUUCUGCUCUUCUACAAGGUACUGCAAAGAGUGUGA